AAGGUUAUUGGAAAGGUUUCCAAACUGAGGCAGCAGCAGGUGGCCCUCUGACAGAGCGGAGGUGGUGCUUGCUCUCUCUCAGCCAGAGGAUGUCCAGGUCAGACCCAGACCCGGGAAAGAAUUCGGAGCCCAGUAAGAGCAAGAUGAGCCUGGAGCUGAGGCCAACAGCCCCCAGCGACCAGGGCCGCCUCAACGAAGCCUUCCAGGAUGAAGACCUGGAAGAGCAGAACGCUCCAGGAAACAGCACAGUCAGGAGCAGAGUUGUACAGAGUGGGGAGCAAGGACGGGCCAAACAGGACGACAGGCAGAUCACGAUUGAGCAGGAGCCUCUAGGACCCAAAGAAGGCACAGAGGAAGAGAGCGAAGAUGAACGUCAGAAAGGGUUCUUGGAAAGGAAGUAUGAUACGGUUUGUGAGUUUUGUAGAAAGCACAGAGUCAUUCUCCAGCACACCAUCUGGGCAGUUUUACUGACAGGUUUCCUGGCCCUGGUGAUUGCAGCCUGUGCACUAAACUUCCACCGAGCCCUUCCCCUUUUUGUGAUCACCUUGGUGACCAUCUUCUUCGUCGUCUGGGAUCGCUUGAUGGCCAAAUACGAACAGCGAAUCGAUGAUGUCCUGUCUCCCGGCAAAAGGCUGCUUGAGAGGCAUUGGUUCUGGCUGAAGUGGGUGGUCUGGUGCUCACUGAUCUUGGCGGUCAUUCUCUGGCUGGCUCUGGACACGGCCAGGCUGGGCCAACAGCAGCUGAUAUCCUUUGGUGGGCUCGUCAUGUAUAUUGUUCUGCUAUUCCUGUUUUCCAAGCAUCCGACCAGAGUUUACUGGAGGCCUGUCUUUUGGGGAAUUGGACUGCAGUUUCUUCUUGGGCUCUUAAUUCUAAGGACUAGGCCUGGAUUUGUUGCUUUUGAUUGGAUGGGGAAACAAGUUCAGACUUUUCUGGGGUACACUGACGCUGGAGCCCAGUUUGUCUUUGGAGAAAAGUAUACAGACCACUUCUUUGCAUUUAAGGUUGGGUGGCUAAUGCUUGUCACUAUGGGGUCAUCUCCCAUUGAGUCCGUAGUUGCUGCUGGCAACAUAUUUGUUGGGCAAACAGAGUCUCCACUACUGGUUCAACCAUAUCUACCACACGUCACCAAGUCAGAACUGCACACCAUCAUGACAGCUGGUUUUGCCACGAUUGCUGGGAGCGUGUUGGGCGCGUACAUCUCUUUUGGGGUGUCAUCUACACACUUGCUCACCGCUUCUGUCAUGUCGGCGCCUGCAGCCCUGGCUGUGGCCAAACUCUUUUGGCCUGAAACAGAGAAACCCAAAAUAACCCUCAAGAAUGCCAUGAAAAUGGAAAAUGGUGAUUCCCGGAAUCUCCUGGAGGCGGCCACGCAGGGUGCAUCUUCGUCCAUCCCCCUGGUGGCAAACAUCGCUGCAAAUCUGAUCGCCUUCCUGGCCUUGCUUUCCUUUGUGAACUCCGCUCUGUCUUGGUUUGGAAGCAUGUUCGACUACCCACAGCUGAGUUUCGAGCUCAUUUGUUCUUACAUCUUCAUGCCUUUCUCCUUCAUGAUGGGAGUCGACUGGCAAGACAGCUUUAUGGUCGCCAAACUCAUAGGCUACAAGACGUUCUUCAAUGAAUUUGUGGCUUAUGAACACCUCUCAAAAUUCAUCAAUUUGAGGAAAGCGGCUGGACCCAAAUUUGUGAAUGGUGUGCAGCAAUAUAUGUCAAUUCGCUCGGAGACCAUCGCAACUUACGCCCUCUGUGGUUUUGCCAAUUUCGGUUCCCUAGGAAUAGUGAUCGGUGGACUUACGUCCAUAGCUCCGUCCAGAAAGCGAGACAUUGCCUCGGGAGCCAUGAGAGCCCUGAUUGCUGGGACCAUUGCCUGCUUCAUGACAGCCUGCAUCGCUGGCAUGCUCUCUGACACCCCGGUGGCUAUCAACUGCCACCACGUUCUAGAGAGCAGCAAAGUACUCAGCAACACAACUGAAGUGGCGUCUUGCUGUCAAGACCUGUUCAACAGCACUGUUGCCAGGGGACCAAAUGACGUCCUCCCAGGAGGAAACUUCAGCCUCUACACUUUGAAGAGCUGCUGCAACCUGCUGAAACCACCAACGCUGAACUGUGGUUGGAUCCCUAACAUACCGUGAUCUCAGCCAUGUACCCGGUGGGAUUCUGUGCGCAGAUGCUGGAUUUCCUGCUCCCGAGGGGAUAGAUAACUCCGUCCUGGACUCGGACUUAAUGGCAAAGGAAGGACGAAGUGAGGAGUGAGUCCUCCCAAGCUACAGCAUCUCCCUUCCCCUUUCUCUCCUUAGCCCAUCCUCUCUCCAUGGAGCGUUCCUAGGAGGAUGUCCCAAGCUGAGGUGUGUGACCCUAAGUCCCAACAAAAUUUUCUGACUUUAUAUUUUCAAGGCAUAUCACAUAUAUAUAUAUAUAUAUAUAUAUGUGUGUGUGUGUGUGUGUGUGUGUGUGUGUGUGUGUAAAUACACACACAAAUAUACAUACAUGUCUGUAUGUAUAUACACGCACACAUAUAUACAUACAUACACACACAUAUAUAUUCAUACCAUAUAUAUUCAUACAUAUACUUGUAGCAUGUAUAUAUAUGGUAGUUCCCAGCAACUGGGAUGGAUGGAUAGAUAGAUAGAUAGAUAGAUAGAUAGAUAGAUAGAUAGAUAGAUAGAUAGAUAGAUAGAUAGUGUGUGUGUGUGUGUGUGUGUGUGUGUGUGGUAUGGUAGUUCCCAAUAGUUGGGCUCUGACUCAGCCGUCCCCUUGUAUGGUGUUCUCAGUGUACCAGAGCAAUGUGAUUUAAACUCAUCUCAGGCAAGGUCAUCCCACCCUCACUCAGGGUCACCUGAAGUACCUUCUAUUUGAAACGCCUGUGAAUGAGGGCUAUUCUGCAAUGACCCACUCACUGGCCGCCCUCCAGAUGUUUCUCAUAAAUCAAGAGUCCUUCGGAAAAGCCGCAGGCCAUACAUAGGAAAACCAAUACUUAAGUCGGUAUAGGUAGAGACUUGCAAGCGGCCAGUUUCCGUGAGCCUAUGCUGCAGAGACUCCCCGCAGACUCCCCACUAAUGUCAACACCUUCGAGCCUCUUACGGAAACGUUUGAAGUGCUCAGCUUCAAGAUUCUCCGUCUCAACUUCAAGAUUCUCCGUCUCAUCAACUUCAGAGACCUGCAGUCAGCCCCGUCUUUUUAAAGUUAAUGUUGUAUUUUUUUAAUGAAUAUCUUUCAUUUGUUCUUUGACAGUUUUACGAAUGUGUAUAUUGUACUUUGACCACACCUACCCCCAACUCCUGCUGCCCCCCACCCUCCUAGACACCCCUCAGCUUGCCUUCACCUCAUGUUCCUGCCCUCUUCUCUGUUUUGUACCUUACUGAGUCUAGGGUUGCCUGUCACGAGGUUGCCUGGUGCUGUUGGCUUGCUGGUGACAAGCGGCCAUCUCUACAGUGAGCUCAUGAGGGCAGAGUCUAUCUCACAGAGGUCAGAGACAGCAUCUCACAGUUCUUCCCCUGGCUCUCAUAUUCUUUCUUCCCCAUCUUGGGCACUGUUCCCUGUGCCUCGGGGGAGUUGAUAUAAAUGUCCAGUUUGGGGCUGAGCACUCUAGUCAUGUAUCCUCACGCUGACCAGCCGUGAGUCUCUGCAUCGCUGAACUGGGGCUUAAUCGUGUCCGUUUUCAGUACCCCAGCUAAAGAAGCAGCCCCUGUGCGGGCUGACCUUAGGGAAACAUGCAGAAACGUAGGAUAGCUCUUAAAUUGUCUGCUAGGAGCCGGAUUUGGUGGCAUUACUCCUGUAUUCCAGCUCUUGGCAGCCAAGACAGGGAAGUUAUGAGCUCAAAACCCGGGAUAGGAAUCAUAGCCAGACUGUGUUUCCAAGCAACAACAGCCAAACUUCAAUCCACAUUUCCACUCUGUGCUGUGAGCCAGAGCAAGUUCUGUGGCAGGCGGGUGUCUGUGGCCAUACGUGAACUCUCCAGUCACAGCAGGAAAGCAGUGAACACUCUGAAGAAGUAAUCCAAUAGACUACCGAUGUGCCUGACGUUCCCAAGACACUGUCACCGGGUGGACUGUGUAUAUGGGCCUGUUGAUGUACAGUUAUGUUAUAUUCUUGAUAAGAUAGUGUAAAACAUUAAUCCUUGGUCAAAAAAGCCACAUAAAGGCCAACCGUGAAGGAAACUCAAUGCCCACUGGGGCGGGGAUGGCUUUCAUUGGCUCUCCCGUCAAUCAGCAAAGACACCAGCAUCCCAAGUGCUCACUGGGCAUUGAUGCUCUGAGGAUUAUCAGGAGAACGCACUUUAAUGAAGUCGGUCAGUACUAACGGUGCAGAGACCACACUGUCUGAGGAAAACCUGAGCCAAACAGUGAGAGGAAGAGACUCAGUGGGGAAAGGGUUAUGCAGUUAGAUGGUGUAUUCUGUCUCCCCUUCUGACCAUGCAAAAGAGCAAUUAAAAAGUCAUCUACGUAUAAA